CAUCAGAAAGAAUAAAAGAAGAAAGACCACCGAGAUAUUUCACAGCAAAACCGAACAUUAGGAAUAAUAUUAUUAUUAUUCAAAUUAAAUCCCGCAAAUAAUAAUGAAUAUGUGUAAAUCACUUAACGUAAAGCGUGUAUCGAGUCAGACACGACAUACUAUGUGACGUACGUUAAACGUCAUAUAGUAUUUUUCAACAAGAUGUCAACGCGUGUGUCCUUCCAGCAACAAGAGCGGGGGUGAAAAUACCGAAAGUAGUGAAACCGAGCAGCGGGGAAGAAAGAAGACACACCCUAACUACGCAGGGCCGCCUUAACACGUUGGACCAGUGAUGGCGUCCACAAGGUGUGCCCCGCCUCUCUGAAGCAGAACCAGCGAGGGUGUUCACCUCCUCCUCCUCCUCCUCCUCCCCGCCAGGGUGUUGUCACGGAGGAACAAAACCCCGAGCAGAGACGACACUUCAGCGCCGAGACCUCGCAACUCUCCGGGGCUCGUAUAGUUCAUUGCGUUCCGAGUGGAAAUACUCGCCCGAAACCCUUCCGGAUCCUGACCCCGAGACGUCGGAGGUUCUGUAGCAGCCAUGGGGGACGUUGUGUCAUCUCACCUGGAUGAAAGCAAGCGGGAGAUGAUUACAGUGAAGACCAAAGAUGUGAUGCGAAACUUCAGUGACGUGUAUGAACAGCAGUACGCUGUUGCUCUCUUCAACAGCGUCCGCUACGAGAUUGAAGGAGGAGCUGGGCCACAGUCACAGAUGCUGCACAGAAAGGACCCUUUGGCUGGCCGAACAAUCUUUUCAGGAUGUAUGUUUCAGUACCUAGAGGAGAAUCGCAAGUGGAGAAAUCGCUUCGUUUUUGUGCCAAACAACUACGCCAUCAACCUCCAUGAGAGCAAAACAGCACAGGAGCGCGGACUGCAUCCUAAAGUAACCAUCAACUGUGCUGGCUACAAAGCCUUGACCUCUAUGGAAGAGUACAUGGAACUGAUUAACAGCAGCCUUCCAGGUAUCAAAUCAAAUGUGGGAAGCAGUCCCUUCAUCAAGUGUGCGACUCAGUUCCCUCUGAUCCUGUGGCACCCGUAUGCUCGUCAUCAUUACUUCUGUGUGCUGACUGAGAAGGAGCAGCAGAAAUGGCACGCUGUUUUGCAGGACUGUGUCCGACACUGUAACAAUGGUCUGCCAGAGGACUGUACUGUUCAGACACCAGCAUUCACUGAUACUGUGAGACUGUACAGACAAGCCAAGGGACACUAUGGAACCUGGGAUAUGAUGUGUGGAACUCCCCCACAGAUUCUGACCAACCUGGUGUUGGAGAGCCUCCAUCCUGAGCUGAGGAAUUUGAUUGGACCUCGUCUAAAGGGGAAGACGCAGCAGAGGCAGAGGAAUUGGAUGUUUAUAUCGGAUGCUGUGUACAGGCAGGUUUUGGCCCAGACCAGCAGUCAGUAUGAUGCUCUGCUUGAAGCCUGUGAGACUCAGAAGAUUGAACUGGAUUCUCGGCUAAGAACCAACAUGGACCAAAUCAUUGCAUCCAAAGAGCAUGUCAGCAGCAAGAUUCGAGCCCUGGUGUUGCCCAAAGCAGAGGCUCUCCUGAGGAGGAGCGUCCAAACUUACAUCAGUUCCAUCUUAGAGGCCUUGAUGGAGCCCACAAGCCGAGGUUUCGCCGAAGUCAGAGAUGUUUUCUUCAGGGAGGUGGUGGAGAUUAGCAAGAACUUGAUAAACGGAGGAGGCAAAGACAAAAUGGGAGAACACAUGGAGAGGCUCUCUAUGCUCGCCUUCCACCCUGUCAAAAUGCAGAGUUGCUACGAAAAGGUGGAGGAGCUGAAUCUGGAGGGGCUACAGCAAAGGUUCGACGUGUCCAGCCCCUCUGUGUUUGUCAGCAGGGCUCAGAUCCUCAUGGGGGAGCAAAUGGACAACGCAGUACACACCUUUGAGCAGCUACUGCAGCAGUCUUUGACUGCACAGGGAGACAAUGACUUGUGCAAAACCAUUCAAGGGUGUCAGGACAGAGUUCUCAAGAAAUAUGAUUAUGACAGCAGCACAAUACGCAAGAAGUUCUUCAGAGAGGCUCUGCUGCAGAUUAUCAUCCCGUACAUGCUGCAGCAGCUUUCACCUUCUUGCACACCUGAGCUGCCACAUUUUAAAGAGCUCAUCUUUGAGGACUUUUCUCGCUUCCUGCUUGUGGAAAAUAUGUUUGAAGAGGUGGUGCUGCAGUCCGUCACCAAGGACAUCAUGAUGGCUGUGAAGGAGGCUGCCGUUCAGAGGAGGCACAAUCUCUACAGGGACAGCAUUGUGAUGACCAACAGUGACCCCAACCUCCACCUGCUUGGAGAAAGCUCCCCUGUGGACUGGGCCACCAAAUUUCCUAGCGAGGAUCCGGAAGCUGUGAACAGUGGCGGCGAGGACGGGUGUUCUGGCAACAGACGCAAGCAGGUGGUGUCCAUGAUCCAGAUGGAUGGAGUACCUCUGCCCUACGAGUCGUGUUUGGAAGUUCCAGGGGUGGAGCUAAUCCCGGAGGAGGACGUCGUGGCAACCGCAGAGGAGGAGGACGCUCACCUGAGCAAGGACGAUCUGGAUGACAUCAAAGAUCUCCUCGAUCGCGUGGUAGAGUUGGAUGUGGCGCUACCCGACACCACCGCCAACGGGACGAUCACCCUGGAGGACGGUGUGCAGGAGGAAGUGAGCCGGGUCACCUCCGUCGUGGAGGACGUCUCUAACCCGCAAGACAAUAGGUCUCCGCGCUCGAUCCUCCAGCAGCUGGUAGAAAACAAGAACCAGGAAGCCGAUAAGGUGGUAGUUCCAGGGGUGGAGCUCAUCCCGAAGGAGGGCGCCGUGGCAACCGCAAAGGAGGACGACGCUCAUCGGCACCUGAGCAAGGACGAUCUGGAGAAAAUCAAAGAUCUCCUCGAUCACUUGAUAAACUUGCAGGUGGCGCUACCUGACGCAGAUGCCAAGAACCAGGAAGGUGAUAAGGUGGCAGUUCCAGGGGUGAAGCUCAUCCAGCAGGAGGGCGCCGUGGCAACCGCAAAGGAGGAGGACGCUCAUCGGCACCUGAGCAAGGAUGAUCUGGAGAAAAUCAAAGAUCUCCUCGAUCACUUGGUAAACUUGCAAGUGGCGCUACCUGACGCAGAAGCCAAGAACCAGGAAGGCGAUAAGGUGGCAGUUCCAAGGGUGAAGCUCAUCCAGCAGGAGGGCGCCAUGGCAACCAAAAAGGAGGAGGACACUUAUCGGCACCUGAGCAAGGACGAUCUGGAGAAAAUCGAAGAUCUCCUCCAUCACUUGAUAAAGUUUCAAGCGGCGCUACCUGACGCCGAUGCCAAGAACCAGGAAGCCGAUAAGGUGGCAGUUCCAGGGGUGGAGCUCAUCCCGCAGGAGGGCGCCGUGGCAACUGCAAAGGAGGACGCUCAUCGGCACCUGAGCAAGGACGAUCUAGAGAAAAUCAAAGAUAUUCUCGAUCGCGUGAUAAAGUUGGAAGUGGCGCUACCCAACGCUGAUGCCAACGGGACGAUCACCCUGGAGGACGGCGUGCAGGAGGAGGUGAGCCGGGUCACCUCCGUCGUGGAGGACGUCUCUAACCCGCAAGACAAGAGGUCUCCGCGCUCGAUCCUCCAGCAGCUGGUAAAAAACAAGAACCAGGAAGACGAUAAGGUGGCAGUUCCAGGGGUGGAGCUCAUCCCGGAGAAGGGCGCCGUGUCAACCGCAGAGGAGGUGGACGCUCAUCGGCACCUGAGCAAGGACGAUCUGAAGAAAAUCAAAGAUCUCCUCCAUCACUUGAUAAACUUGGAAGUGGCGCUACCCGACGCCAAUGCCAAGAACCAGGAAGCCGAUAAGGUGGCAGUUCCAGAGGUGGAGCUCAUCCAGCAGGAGGGCGCUGUGGCAACCGCAAAGGAGAAGGACGCUCAUCGGCACCUGAGCAAGGACGAUCUGAAGAAAUUCAAAGAUCUCCUCGAUCGCUUGGAAAAUUUGGAAGCGGCGCUACCUGGCGCCGAUGCCAAGAACCAGGAAGCCGAUAAGGUGGCAGUUCCAGGGGUGGAGCUCAUCCUGCAGAAGGGCGCUGUGGCAACCGCAAAGGAGGAGGACGCUCAUCGGCACCUGAGCAAGGACGAUCUGAAGAAAUUCAAAGAUCUCCUCGAUCGCUUGGAAAAUUUGGAAGCGACGCUACCUGGCGCCGAUGCCAAGAACCAGGAAGCCGAUAAGGUGGCAGUUCCAGGGGUGAAGCUCAUCCCGCAGGAGGCCGCCGUGGCAACCGCAAAGGAGGAGGACGCUCAUCGGCACCUGAGCAUGGACGAUCUGGAGAAAAUCAAAGAUCUCCUCCAUCACUUGAUACGGUUAGAUGCGGCGCGACCCGACGUCGAUGCCAAGAACUAGGAAGCCGAUAAGGUGGCCGAUAAAGGCGGCAUCAAGGGGGUGGAGUUUGCAGCAGAGGAAGGCGGCGGCGAACAAACUGCGAAGUCCGCUUCUGAGUCGUCACCCCAGCUGCCAUUAGUGACAGACACCAGCUCCGGCGAGGAGGCAGUCAAAAACAUCCCCAACGGGGAGGACACGGUCGUUGACACGGCGGAGGUGGAGGCGGUCGUAGCGUAAGAAGACGACCACGUGAGGGAAAUGUGUUGACUUUAUUGUUAUUGCUUUGUUGAUGUUGCACACUUGAAGACCAAUUAUCUCCUUUUUGCUCUCUUCAAUAGUUGCCACGCAAGCUUCCUUCCUAUUUUACGGCACGACACAGAACGCACCACACUUUUAUACGCACACUUUUAUACAACAAUCUGGACUUUCUCUGGGGUUCUUCCAAACACAACAACAAGCCAGGAAGUUCCAGCCGUACCUCGGGUUUGACGUUUUCCUCCAAACCCUACAUGCAGGAAAAACCGAGGUAUCACUGAAUGGUUUACUUUUAGUCCAUCAACAGGGGCCACAAUAUUCUAUAAUCCAUGUCUUUUAACUACUACACUUUUUCAAAUGAUUAUAUAUUUUUCUAAGUGUUUCUUUGUAUUUAUACGUUAAGUGUGUUUAACAAGUUAUCGGUGUACCUAUCGUCGCAAGUAGGCGACAUAAACGUGAAGAUUCGUGGCCUCCAGAUAGUGUUGAAAUGUCACUUUUUAUAUUUGUCGUAUUUUCACGUUCCUUAUUAUGGGGGAAAUGAUUUUCUUCUCUCAAAUUGUUCCGGUGAGCCAUAAUAUUUGCAGAACUUACAAUGAUUGGCUGAAGAAAAAGCCUCAUGUUUAAUUAACUUAUGACAGGCGUGUCUGAUGGUUAAAUAAGGUCUCGGGGAGUGUGUGGCACACUCACUGGCUGUAUUGACACUGUUGCUGUUUCAUAAUGACGCCAUCUGCUGGAUUAAAAACAUCACAUUUAACCUAAAAAUUAUAUUAAUUGCAAAUGUAAGUUUUAUACGACUAGUCAAUGAGUCACAAAAAACUGAUGCACUCCGACUUCUUUCAAUAUGAGCUGUCACGCAUGAGCGGAAUGUUCUGAUGAACACAGUUUGAUGUUUCACAGUAAAAUGACACAGCAGUGGUAUCGGACACAUGUUUUGUUUUUUUCCUUAUAAAGUGACACACACAUCAGGUUAUUGAGGGACAUAUUUUACACCAGAAAAAGGGAGGAUAUUUUUAUCACCUUUAAGAAGAAAAAUAAGAAAUAAAAGGGGUCUGGCCUCUUAAAAAGUGCAAUGAAGAGCCAAUAUUCCAUUUCUAUAGUCAUUUUUUCUUCAAUGUGGGGAAGAGAUAUGCAAAUCCUUCACGUUAAAAAGAAAUGUUUGAUUAGUUUUGAAAUCUGCUACAUUUCUCAACUUUUACCGCCUUUUUAAUCCUAACCUAAAUAUCGUACAGUUUUAGGCACUCACUGUUUUAUUUAUUCUGAAUACCUGCCUGGUUGUGCUUCACAGACAUGUCAUCUCGAUAUAUGUAUUGAACAUUUAUUGAUUAAUAAAGUUAUUUCAUCAUCA